AUUCCAUUAAAAAUCCCAGAAUCCAAUUAAAAUUCUCUCUCUCUGUCUGCAGAGAGAUUUUUCUUCUGCAGCUUUAAUGGCGAGAAUGUAGCGGUGAAGUCAGACAAGGGAGGACCGAAGCUUAGAAAAAUUAGGGUUUUUGUAUCUUUGGGAACGAAAUGCCGUUGACGAGGUACCAGAUAAGGAAUGAGUAUAACUUAGCGGAUCCGGAGCUUUACAGAGCUGCCGAUAAAGAUGAUCCCGAAGCUAUACUUGAAGGUGUCGCACUGGCAGGUCUCGUUGGUGUGUUGCGUCAGUUGGGAGACCUUGCUGAGUUUGCUGCACAGAUAUUCCACGACUUGCAUGAAGAAGUGAUGGCUACUGCUGCCAGAGGCCAUGGUCUGAUGCUCCGUGUCCAACAACUCGAGGCAGAAGUUCCAUCAAUUGAGAAGGCAUUUCUCACUCAAACCAGUCAUUCACUAUUCCUUCUCAAUGCAGGUGUUGACUGGCAUCCUAAUCUGAGAAUGGAUGAAAAUCUGAUCACUCGGGAAGAUUUGCCUCGAUGUGUUAUGGACUCCUAUGAAGAAUGUCGAGGUCCACCUCGGUUGUUCUUGCUGGACAAGUUUGAUGUUGCUGGUGCUGGAGCAUGUUUAAAGCGGUACUCUGAUCCAUCAUUCUUUAAGGCAGAAUUUACCUCCUCUGAGACAAUGGGAGCAGAUAUUCAAAGGGAAAAGAAAGCUCGCAAAGUCAAGAAGAAAGGAUCACGCUGGAGGAAUGGAGAGAACACAGAGGUUUACCCAACAUCACAUGCCAAAUUGCAUCAGUUGCUUUCAAAGGAGCGUAAUUCGGAUAAUAAUGCACUUAUGCAGCAUGUGAAACUGAAGAAGAGACAAUUGAAUGGAUUUCUUUCUGACUCAACUACAGGGAAAAGCUAUAUGGAGAGAUUUGUAGAGACCAAUUCACCUGAGAAAAAUAUUUCUUGUGAAAAUUCUUUAGCUCUCCCACCGCUGAAUAUGGAAUCCAGCAAUACAUGUGAACUUGGUCUUGAAAUAUGUGAAAUCAGUACUGCUAGUCCUGCUUCUAACUUUAUGCAGAGAAAAAGAGGCCUACAUUCAUCUGCUGAGAGACAGGAAACAGCAUUGGAACAGUCCAUGUAUGACUUGCAUGAGGAUGUUAUGAAGGAAGGCAUUUUAGAGAAGUUGCAUGAACCAAUGUGUGAUAUUGAGGUAGAAAAACUUCCUUCCAGCCUUUAUAAAUUGGAGGAUCAAAAGGAAUUAGUGGUUGAUGUUGAAAUCCAAAAAGAAACCAGUGUUGAUGGAUACCAAUCUGAUGAUAUCACCAGUGAGGUGGACAAUUACAUGGAUGCCCUUCCCACCAUGGAGUCUGAAAUGGAGACGGACACUGAUAUUAGACCAAAUAAUGAUCAAGGCUUCUUCAACAUGAAGAGACAUGGGAUGGAUUCUGACACAAAAGAAGAACAGCAGAAACAUCAAGAUCAAUUUUCAGACUCCCACUCCAUUGGAAAUUCCAUUGAAUCAGAUGAGUAUAAUUUGUGCAAAAAAGGAAGAUAUGGUCCUCCUGGUCGUGAUGUAGUUGCUGAAGUGGUUACAUCUGCUGGAACAUGCCCAACUGAAAUUGUGGAUGCAUCGUCUGAAAAGCCCUCUGCAAAUGAUAAUACUUUGGUAACUGAAUCUUUGGAGUAUGCUGUCCCCAGUGGUUCUUGCAUUGAAGUAUCAGAGAUACCAAGUUCUGGUUCUGAAGCUGUAGAAGCAUCUCCUGAUUCCUGUGUUACAGAUUCAACUUCUACUGCCUCUUAUCAUUUAAUUCGGGGAGCCAAUUUGAAUGAAUUUCAGUUACAGGGGCCAGAUUUUGUUGGAUACAGAGAUCCAUCUUCUAAUACAGAAGAAGAUACUGAAAAUCUGGUCGGUGAUGUACCUUGCACAACUAAUUUAUCUGAUUUUGCUUCCAAGACGAAAGAUGAUACUCUGGCUGAAGAAUUUGGGAAAAGCCAACUGGUGGAAGUAAUGGAUGGUUUGACCCGUGAAGUAUCUUCUGAUGCUUCGCUGCAUCGAUCCGACAUCUCAGGCCUUGUGGUCGCAAGAAAAUACGAUGGUGGUACCCUUGACACAGUUUUUCCUACCAAAUGUGCUGAAGUUGCUCCUACUGAUAAUAUUAAUAGAAACAAUGAUUUACCACAUUCAAUUAUUUUGGCCACAGAUGAGCAGCUUUCUUGCUUGGAAAGACUGGAUGUCGAAGUUUGUUCAAGUACUAAGCUACCUGAAUGUUUACAAGCUUCUACCAACACUGAUGAUCUGGAUGAUUUGAAGUCUGAUAGAUCUUUGGAAACAGAUACUGGAAUCCAAACCAGAGAAAAACCAGAAUAUGUGGCAUCAGCAUUAGAUAUUCAGAAGACUGGUAAUCACCUCUCAGAAAUGACAGAAGAGGUUCCACCUCAAAUGGAUUUAGAAGUAGGUAGUGGGAGUUCUGGAGUGAACACAUUGUACAAUAAUCUGGAAGUAUCAUCUAAUACGCCUGAUGGUGGGGUCAGUGAUGAGCCUACACUUGAUGUAGUCCAAUCGAACUCCGGUGGUUCAGUGGGAAAGGAUGCUUCUUCAUCUCCUGAAUUUCCUUCUCUAUAUUUAACACCUGACUCUCCAAAAACUGCAUCAGUGACUGAUUAUAGUUUGCAAAUGGACAGUUUGAGUGACACUAUUAACGCAGAGGCUGAUGCUGAUAGUGUUAUGUAUCGGAAGCUUAUUGGUUCAUGGAAUUACAUAAAACAGCAAGAAGAAUGCCCUCUGGGCAGCAGGGACGGGGGCGGUUUAUUAAGUGAGAUUUAUGCACAGUUGGAUAAUAUGGAAUCUGUAAGAGUGCAUGCGGAGGCUGGUGAUGAAGAUACUGCUGUUUGUGAGCUCCUGGUUGGUUCCCCAUCUAGAAAUCAUGUAAAGUUGGAAGAUAAAUGUCCUGCUAGCAAUGGAAAUGUUUGUGAUAUAGAAAAUGAAGUUCAUUCAAAGUUGGACAAUUUGACUACUGAUAUAGCUCACACAGAGGCUGAUGAUGCUGAUGCUGCUGAUUGUCCAAACCGGAUUGGUUCUUCAUCGAAGAUUCAGAUGAAGUUGCAUGAAGAAUGUCUUAGAGAUGCAGGUUCAGAACAGUGUAAACUGGAAACAGCUGAGGCUUGCAAUCCAAAGUUUCUUAUCGGGGAAGAUGCUCAAAAAGAAAAAAAUCAACUGGUAGCCACUUCCACGAACUUGGAUGUUCAAGUGUAUAACUCGGAGUCCCAUAGUCCUUCCAGUUCUGAAUUUCCAUAUGAUGUUCAUGUUUCACUGCCAGUUCAACAUCCCCAAGGUCAUUUGCAUCUCAUGGAUAUCACUGAGGUUCCUAAAUCUUCAGUGGAAAUGGAUAAACAAUUACAAUUUGCUCACCAAAUUCAGCCUUCCGAGAGUGCAGAAGGUCCCGUUUGUACUUCAUUAUCCAACCAAGAGCUAAGGAUUCCUUCAGAACAAGCCCUGGUAGUAGAAUCUCGUCAACUCAUUAUGGAGUCUUUGGAUGGACAAGCGGAAUAUCCGAAGGGCAGGGAUCAGAAUUGCUUCCCUAGUUUUCCAUAUGAGAUUUCUUGGUUUGAGAAAACAGAACCUGUUAAACAGACAGAUCCAGAUGGCUCUUCUGUUGGUGCUUCUGAGAUUUGUUGCAUCGACCCUCUCAAGCAACCUCUAGAUUUUCCAUCAGUACCAACCAGCCAUAAUAUGUUGACUUGUGAGCCAACCAUAGUACCCUUGGCUUCAAGCUUUCCUAGCUUUGACAUGUCUGGAACAGGCCAUGAACAAUCAUCGAAGCAACAGCCAUCACAAGGUCUGAAUGUUGCUCAAGCUAAUCUGGAAGCACCGCCACUGCCACCUCUACCUCCUCUACAAUGGAGGGUUGGAAAGUUGCAACAUAGCUCGCUUACAGCAGAGGGAGGAAUGGUGCAACCAAGUCUGAACCCAUUCUUACCUCUAGGUUUCACACCAUUAGGAGGAGAAAUUGUACAACCUCUGAACCCAUUUUUACCACUGAAUUCCAGAGGAGAAGGGAAGAGUCAACAUGGUUCCAAGGCGUCAUGGGAAGACAUACUGCACCUGGACCUGAACCCAUUCUCAUCACAAUUGCCUUCUGUGGUAGCUGAUGCAAAUAAUAUAGAGGGUUCCCAAACUUCAGAGGUACAAGAGAUCCAACAUCCGAACCCAUUCUUGCCAUUGCCUGCAACUGAGGAUGAGAAGCAUGAACAUGAUUCGCUUCCUUUAGGGGAAGAAAAAGCGAAGCCUAGUUUGAAUUCAUUUGCCCCUUCACCAACUACUGAAGAAGUAAGACCCCCUUCUGAUACUUCACAGGGAGAAUCUUGUGAUCUUCCAAAUCUGUCAGAGCCAGAAUCAAAUAUGAAUGAUGGGACUAUAAAAGAUGAGGAGCCUCUAAACUUGAGUGCACCAUCAAUCAUAAAAGAGGAGGAAUAUCUGAACUCAUUUGCACCUCUGAACUCAUUUGCACCACCAACCGUAGAAGAGAAGGAGCCUCUGAACUCGAUUGCACCAUCAAUCAUAAAAGAGGAGGAAUCUCUGAACUCGUUUGCACCACCAACUAUAGAAGAGGAGCCUCUAAACUCGAUUGCACCAUCAAAUAUAAAGCAUGGGGAUCCUGCAGAUAGUUCAUUAACAUUGGAAGGAGAAAUGCCUUCAAAUGCAUCUACGUCAUUCCAAAAUAGAGAAGUUGGGGUUCCAAAUGGAAAACCUCCUAAGAAGCAACCCCGGCCUAGAGAUCCUCUAAUUGAAGCUGUUGCUUCUCAUGACAGAAGCACGUUGAGAAAGGCGACAGAGCGGACUCGUCCUCAGAUUGCACCUAAGUUGGAGGAAAGGGAUUCAAUGCUGGAACAGAUAAGAACAAAGUCCUUCAACCUGAAACCUGCGGGAAAACCAAUGCUCACAACACGACCCAGCAUUCAGGGUCCUAGAACCAACUUGAAGGUUGCUGCUAUUUUGGAGAAAGCAAAUGCCAUUCGCCAGGCAACAGCUGGGAGUGACGAAGAUGAUGAUAAUUGGAGUGAUUCUUGAUUGCCAUGCACUCAGGCUAUUCAGGGCUACCAUUGUGGCCUCGAGCAGAGCAAUCUGCUUUCUGGUGCUAGUCCCUCCAAAUUAAAAUGGUCAAAGAAGCGAGAAAAUUUCAGUUACUUCCAUUGUCUAUCCCAUGUUGCUUUCUAUCCCUGUAUAAUAUUCUUUCUUCCCUAUCCCACCCCCACCUCCCAAAAAAAGAAAGAGAUGAAGAAAAGAAAAAUGCUCUUUUUCUAUUGAAAAAUGUAUUAUGUUUUGUAUUUCUACCCACAGGAAGAAAGGGAGAAGGAAAACAGAAAAUGAAUCCCAAUGGCCUGUGGGAUCAAAUGGUGGAUACGUGCAUGACUUUGGAGUGGGGCGUUUCAUCGUGUAAGUGAUGUAUCAUUUUUCUAUACAAAUAUAGAUAUGUAGAGAGAGAGAG